CCGGACCGGAGCCGGCAGGUGCACGGUAACAGGGACGGCAGCGGCAUGACCGGCCACCACGGCUGGGGCUACGGCCAGGACGACGGUCCCUCGAAUUGGCACAAGCUGUAUCCCAUUGCCCAGGGAGAUCGCCAGUCACCCAUCAAUAUCAUAUCGAGUCAGGCUGUGUACUCGCCCAGCCUGCAACCACUGCAGCUUUCCUAUGAGGCCUGCACAUCCCUCAGCAUCACCAACAAUGGCCAUUCUGUCCAGGUGGACUUCAAUGACAGUGAUGACCGAACUGUGGUUACUGGGGGACCCUUGGAAGGACCCUAUCGCCUCAAGCAGUUCCACUUCCACUGGGGUAAGAAGCAUGAUGCUGGCUCAGAGCACACGGUGGAUGGCAAGUCAUUCCCCAGCGAGCUGCACCUGGUUCAUUGGAAUGCCAAGAAGUACAGCACCUUUGGGGAGGCAGCUGCAGCCCCGGAUGGCCUGGCUGUAGUUGGUGUCUUCCUGGAGACAGGGGAUGAACACCCCAGCAUGAACCGUCUGACAGAUGCACUUUACAUGGUUCGGUUCAAGGGCACCAAGGCCCAGUUCAGCUGCUUCAACCCCAAGUGCCUCCUGCCCACCAGCCGGCACUACUGGACCUACCCUGGCUCUCUGACCACACCGCCACUGAGUGAGAGCGUCACCUGGAUUGUGCUCCGGGAACCCAUCCGAAUCUCUGAGAGGCAGAUGGAGAAGUUUCGAAGCCUGCUUUUCACCUCAGAGGACGAUGAGAGGAUUCACAUGGUGAACAACUUCCGGCCACCACAACCACUAAAAGGCCGAGUGGUCAAAGCCUCCUUCCAGGCCUGAGCUGCCCAGCUGCCCAGCCAGCCACCAGGACACCAUCUUCCCAAGGGCUUCCAUGUCAGCGGACACCAAACCAUCUGAGGCUUUCUCCCUGGGGGUCCUGUGGGUCUUUCUUUAGCUGACUUGCCCCGUGGCCACAUUGGGAGUGUGGGCCAGCCACCUGAGGGGCUAGAACAGGAGUCAGGCAGGGCCCGCACCUGGAGCUGCCUUUGCUCUCCAAGACCCAAAGGCCCCUGGGAACCUCCUCUUGUCUUCCCUGCGGCAGCGGCAGCAGCCCCGCCCUGAGCUCACACUGUGAUGGACAAGGACGAGCUCCCCGGGACAGGCAGCUGGCUCUGCCAGAAAGACUCAAGCAAUAAUUAGAGGUGGGCAGAGCUGCCCACUCAACAUUACCUCUUCACUGCCAGGCCAUUAACUAGCACCCAGCUGUUGGAGGUGAUGUGGCCUUCUCCCUGCAGUUACCACAGGCAGGCCCUGGCUACAGCUUAUACACUAUCUCCUUUUGUCCCCACCCAGCCA